AUGCAGGUCGCAGAAAUAUUGUCUGAUUUGACAUCCUUGCAAGUUUGUGGCCAUGAUGAAGCAUCUGCCUUAGUGAAUGCGCACAAGACCCUUGGAAAUGCAAAAGCCGAGAAAAUAGAAAAUCAGACACAAAUGCUGGAUCCACGUGACGACCCAGACCUUCAACGAGCCAACGAUGUGAUGGAGCUGCAUGCCGCGGUCAAACUCAAACAUUCUCAUGGCGUGGAUGAGGCAUUGCAGAGAAGCCGAGCAGAUGUGCGGCGCAUCCUGAGUAGCCUUACAACGAGCCAUGUCUGA